AAGGUAACAACAAAAUGUGGCCCUAGCCGCACUCUUCUUCGUCUCUUUCUCUUCUCUUCUCUUCUCUUCUCUUCUCCCGCUUUCUUCUGGUGAAGACACACCUUCAUUUUUUUCACGUCCUCCAAGCAAUUUGGAGAACUCGUUUCUUUUCAUCUUUUCUUUUUCUGAAUGCGUAUUUCCAUCCCCAUUCCAUCAUUCAAUUAAUAACGCAAUCAGAAUGAACUCGUUGGGGGAGAGGAUGUUGAAAUCGGCUCGUGGGCAUGAUUCUUGGAUUGGUUCGGACGAGGAAGCUCGGAGAAUUGAGAGAGUUGGACGUGAUUCUUCGAUGUUGGUUGUGGUGGGUGAUGAGUUGCGGUUUUCUGCUUCUCCGUCUCAGCCUUCGAAUGAUACUGCUUCUAAUGAAAAAUUGGGGCUUGGAGAACGUGCUUUCUCUGCUGCUGGUGCUGCUUUUCUUUCUGCUGUCAUUGUGAAUCCUCUUGAUGUUGCAAAGACAAGGUUGCAAGCUCAAGCUGCAGGAGUUCCUUAUUCACAUCCACUUAGUGAUUGGACCAGUCGCAUGGCCUUUUUUGGACCAAACACGAUGUUUGCAGAUUUAAGGUGUUCUCCCUCAUGUGCCCGUGCGGGAGUUCAUGGUACAGUAGCAAUAUGUCCUCCUGAUUGUUUUCAGUACAAAGGGACGUUGGACGUCUUCUACAAAAUCAUUCGACAGGAAGGGUUUGCGAGGUUGUGGAGAGGUACAAAUGCUGGCUUAGCUCUUGCUGUUCCCACGGUGGGAAUCUACUUACCUUGCUACGACAUAUUCCGUAACUGGUUAGAAGAGACCACUUCGAAGAAUCUUCCUGGUGCUACUCCUUAUGUCCCGUUAGUUGCUGGGGCAUUAGCGCGUUCUUUGGCUUGUGCAACUUGUUAUCCAAUUGAGCUUGCUAGAACUCGCAUGCAGGCAUUUAAGGAGAUGCGAAUUGGCAAGAAGCCGCCUGGAGUCUGGCAGACUUUACUAGGGGUUGUCUCCAAUGUUAAGAGCACAGCUAAUGGUGAAAUUUCCUCGAAAAAUUACCGUGCCCUAUGGACUGGAAUGGGGGCACAGCUUGCACGUGAUGUUCCAUUCUCAGCAAUUUGCUGGUCGACUCUUGAACCGGCCAGAAGGAAACUACUUGGAUUGGUAGGUGACAACGCUAAUGCAGCCAGUGUGUUUGGGGCCAACUUUUCUGCUGGGUUUCUUGCUGGAAGUCUUGCUGCUGCCGCUACAUGUCCCCUUGAUGUUGCGAAAACCCGACGACAGAUAGAGAAGGAUCCGGUGAGAGCACUGACAAUGACAACGAGGCAGACACUGAUGGAGGUUUGGAGGGAUGGUGGGAUGAAAGGACUAUUUGCUGGAGUUGGACCUCGUGUUGGCCGUGCAGGCCCAUCAGUUGGGAUUGUGGUAUCAUUUUAUGAAGUUGUGAAAUAUGUUCUUCAUCGCCAGUAUCCAACUUCAGCUUCAUGACAGGGUAAGAGCUGCUUCUUACCCUCCUCUGGUGUAAGCUGUGCAUAGGAGGAACUCACCAACCAGAGUUCUUUUUGACCAACUGUGGAUUCCAUAACCUGCGGACUAAAUACAUUGGGUACAGUCUCAGUUUUGUAGAGUUUGUCUAGGUCAAUAGGUGCAGGUAGCAUAAAUAAUAGCAUCCUCACCCUACAAAAAAAAAAAAAAAGACUAUAGAAGGGGUGAACAAAUUUUUGGAGGCGUAAACUAAUUUUGAUUUGCUCAGAUGGUUGAAAAGUUUUGUGACAUUUUCAUUUAUUCCUAAAAGUAAUAGUAUUUUUGUCUCUUUUUCUCUCUCUUA